AUGCCGUAUCAAUCAAUCCCCGACACACCUAACAUCAUUCCUGCGACAGCUCGCGAUGAUGGUGUUUCGAGUUUGAUCUCUCACUUGGGUAUCGAGAAUCAGUCUUUGGACAAUACGAUUCUCGCUCACGCUCAGAAGAUUGCAGAUUUAGAAAUUCAACAACGGCGUUACUUGAAGUUAUUUGAUGAUUUGAAAUCCCUUCUUCCUCUUAGCUCUCAGUUUAUGAAGAUCAAAACGGAUUCGAAUGACCAAUUCCUUCAAGUUAUGUGGAUCGCCGGGUACUUUCGCAAGCCGGACGGCAAGUUAGGCGACAACUGUGCUUCGCGAAGAAGAAGCUCGUAA